AGCCUCGAUACACUCUUCACAAAAAUCUUCCUCGAUUAUUCGACACACGCUUCGAAGCCUCGACACGGGAGGACACAUCACUAGUAAGGAGGAAGAUGUCCGCCGUGCAGCUGCUGCGGGUGUCGGUACAUGAGCGGAUCAGCGCUGCCGCUGAAGACUUUCUGCUGCAGGUGGAGAAACGAGGAGGAAAGGCUCAAGUCCCGGCGCUGAGAGCGAUGCUCACCGAGCGGCUCAUGGCGGCCGGGAAGGAGAUACUCGCGGGGCUUGAGGAAACCGUGGCGCAGUAUGAGGACCUAGUGGAGCGGUCCGAGCGGGAGAUCUGCCGCCAGAGGAGGCUGCUCGAUACCGUGAUGCAGCCCGUAGUCCAGCUGCACAGAGCAGUGUGUCCUGCAGACAUCCAGCAACUGAUGGUGAAUAAAGAAGAGGUUCCCCCUGAGCAGCAGCAGUGGAGCCCCCUUGUGGACCAGGAGGAACCGUGGACCAAUCAGGAUGGACAAAAGCUUCAAGGACUGGAGGAGGCUGAUAUAUUGUUCGAAUUGCCUCCUGUCGCUGUGAAGCGUGAAGAAGAUGAAGAGAAACCUAAAUCGUCAAAGCUUCAUCCGAGUGAGACGAAGGAGAACAGAGCGGACUGUGGAGGACCAGAACCAGCCAGGAAGUCAGGUCCUGAUGGACGUUUACAACCAGGUCCUGAUGACAAGACUGAAGACAGUGAGGAUGAUUGGAUGGAGACCAGGGAAACUCAGACUGGUUUAAAUACAAGAAAUAACAAACAGCCUCCAAGUGAUAUGGGAUGUAAGACAGAAAAAAAAACGUUAAGUUGCUCUGAUUGUAGUAAAAGAUUUAACCACAUGAGCGAUCUAAACAGACAUACGAGGCGUCACACAGGAGAGAAACCAUUUAGUUGCUCUUUCUGUGGUCAAAGAUUUACCCAAAGGAGCAGUCUAAAUACACAUACGAAGAGUCAUACAGGAGAGAAACCCUUUAGUUGCUCUGAGUGUGACAACAGAUUUACCCAAAUGAGCAGUCUAAAUACACAUAUGAGGAGUCAUACAGGAGAGAAACCCUUUAGUUGCUCUGAGUGUGGUAACAGAUUUACCCAAAGGAGCAGUCUAAAUUCACAUAUGAAGAGACAUUCAGGAGAGAAACAGUUUAGUUGCUCUGAGUGUGGUAACAGAUUUACCCAAAGGGGCCAUCUAAAUACACAUAUGAAGAGUCAUACAGGAGAGAAACCGUUUAGUUGCUCUGAGUGUGGUAAAAGAUUUACCCAAAGGAGCAAUCUAAAUAAACACAUGAUGAGUCAUACAGGAGAGAAACCAUUUAGUUGCUCUAAGUGUGCUAAAAGAUUUACCCAAAGGGGUCAUCUUAAUAUACAUAUGAGGAGUCAUACAGGAGAGAAACCGUUUAGUUGCUCUGAGUGUGGUAAAAGAUUUAGCCACAGGAGCAGUCUAAAUAUACACAUGAGGAGUCAUAUAGGAGAGAAACAGUUUAGUUGAUCUGAGUGUGGUAAAAGAUUUAAGAUUCAGUCAUAUUGUAUGAGACGUGAGGAUUCAUACAGGAGAGAAGUGAUUCAGUUGCAACCUUUGCAACCAAGUAUUUAUUGGGAUUUAUCAGCAGAUAUUCAUAUUAUACAUAUUCAUAGUUCACUGUUUUAAGUAGAAUAUUAACACUUUUUAUGUCCCUAGAAAAUAUAACUCAUUGAAUAACAUGAAAGAUUUGUGUUUAUAUAUCUUGUUUCUAAUGAUUUCUACAUAAUUUAUCUAUUUUUCAUAAAGUCCUUCAUGUCAUUUUAAGGUUAGAGUGUGUUCUUCCUUGCACAGUAUGAAUGUGUGUUCUUAACUAGUUCAUAUAGUUAGAUAUGUUUGUUUUAACACAAUGGUCUUUUGGUUUGUGAGAUUCAAUGACAGUAUGUGUUCUCCUUUAUGUAUUAAAUGUGUUUCCAAUAAGAAAAGCCUAAUAAAAAAGAUAAUGCCGUC